AUGGAUUUUGAGGACCACUUUACAAGUCAUGAGUACCGUGGAUUGUAUUGGACAAAUUUUGAAUCCUUUGUCGAAGAAUGCAAUCCAAGUCCUGAGUGUAAUCAGUCAUCAAUAAUAGAUGAUGAUACUGUACCAAAAAUCAGUCACAGUCUUAGUGGUGAUACUGAAGGAGCACUUGAUGAACCUAAUGAGGAAUUUGAACAUAGACCGGUUGAAGGAACUCUAGAUGAUGACGGAGUUUAUGUUGAACAGCUCCAAAAUGAUAAAAUCAGAAUUGGUAGUGACAAUUUCGGAAAUCUCAUGCCUAAAGCCACACAAGUUAUGGACUACUUACAUCGAGAUGACAAGUUCAGCAACAUAUGCAUAUGGGAUUUUGUUGCUCAAGUAGAUAAAGUGAAAAAGAGCAAGAAAAAUAAGAAAACAAAUUGGGAGAAUAUGGACGAUGAUGAAACAUGCUAUGAUGAUGACAUUGAUGACAAUGAGGAUGAACUCACCAAUGAUACCAUGCUAGAAGAUGAUACUGAUAAUCUAGAAAACUUGGAUGAGAUGGACAUAGAUGAAACAUCCCAAAACACGGCCUUCUGGAGAGCUACAAACAGGGGAUUAUGA